AUGAAUAUUAAUACGAAAUCAAAAUUUGUUUCCAUAUCUCCUACAACAAUUAAGAAUAUACGAGCUAAGAAACAGCAACGACAAAUAUCCUUACAAUGGUCCAACGAACAUUUCGCCCAGGGCUACAAAAACCAUUUGCUAAACCUGGCGACGAAGGGCAUGGUCCCUGUAUGUGCAGGCUCGCUUGGAGAGGCAGUCCAUUUGAGCUUUGAUGAGAGGAUAGCUUUAAUCCAAUUUAUCAGGGCGACACUCGAUGAAGCCGGUCUGACAUCAACCCCAAUUGUCGCCGGAGUCGGUGGUUUGAGUACUAGGGAAACCAUCAAGCUUGCAAAGGCGGCAUCGAAAGCUGGAGCCGAUGCUGGAAUGGUCAUUCUGCCUGCAUAUUAUGCAGCAAGUCUCAACACGGACUCCCAACAAGUCGUUCAAUAUUAUGUUGAUAUUUGUGAAGGAUCUCCGAUACCACUGUUGUUGUAUAACUUCCCAGCCAAUGCAGGCGGUCAGGACAUGCCAUCUGCUGUGAUCAGUGAAAUCAUAAACAAGGCACCAAACCUGUGCGGUGUCAAAUUGACAUGUGGAGGUAGCAUAGGAAAGCUUGUGCGACUUACUGCGGAAAUACAAGCAAACCCAAAAAUCAACGAAACUCGGGCUUUCCCCUUCCUACUCUUGGACGGACUGAUCGCCGACCUGACACCAUGGAUGCAAUGUGGCGGACAUGGCACCGUCAGCGGAAUUCCAAAUUUUGCUCCAGCAGCUUCUAUGAGGCUCUGGGAAUUGCUCAACACCAAGUCUCUGACAACGGAAGAGACGGCAGAGUGCACAAGGCUGCAGGCAAUUCUGUCUAAUGCUGACGUUGCAGCUGUACCGGGCGGAAUCCGAGCUAUGAAAUAUGCAUUGAACAAGUUGCAUGGCUAUGGUGUAGCACCACGAAAACCGUUGUUGCCGUUGAAGGAAUCGGAGGGGCAAGCUUUCAUGGAUAUCCUUCGUGAGAUGAUUGACUUGGAGGCGGAAUAUACGAAGAAGUAA